AUGUUCGCCUCGUGCACCACCGGGUCGUGCCGCAAGACCGCCGACGCGAAGAAGAGCACGCUCGAUCAGCUCCUCGGCGACGACGACUGGGGCGACAACGCGACGCUCGAGCGCAUGUCUCUCGUCAACCGCGCGAUCUUCCAAGCGCCUGAGCCGUCGUACUCGGCGUCGAAUCACCCGUGGUCCCCCGCGGACGCGGUCAUGCUCGACACGCGUUUAGGGUACCACUUCCCCGCGGUGAUGAUCAAGUGCAAGCGCGCGCCCGCGACGCGAGCGGUGAUUCACUGCCACGCGAACGCGUGCGACGUCGGACACGUCUACGAGCUGUGUCAGCGAGACGCGGAGUGUUGGCAGGCGAACGUGCUCCUCGUCGAGUACCCCGGAUACGGCGCGUCCCCCGGCGCGUGCUACGAGCGAAACGUCGACCGACACGUCGUGUGCGCGUACCUGUACCUGAUCGAGGACCUGGGGUACGACCCAGAGAGCGUCAUCUUGUUCGGGCGAUCGUUAGGCAGCGGCCCGGUGUGCAGGCUCGCGCACAGGCUGCAGACGCUGCGUUGGCGUCCCGUCGGCGGCGUCGUGUUGCAUUCGCCCUUCGUCAGCGUUCGAGAGGCGGGGAUAUCGCUCCUCGGCGGCGUCGCGAGGAUGAUGAGCGAGCGGUGGGACAACCGGAUACCGCUCGCGGAGCUGCGGUGUCGGCUUCUGAUCGUGCACGGCGCGAGCGACGAGGUGAUUCCGUUUCACCACGCGGAGACGCUUCGGAACGUUCGAAAGGAGAACAACCUGCACUGCAUGUUUUUCCCGACGCAAGGGACGCACAAUUACUUCAGCUACUACCGCGACUACCUGAGGCCGGUGGAGAAGUUCGUGGCGGGACACGAGGGGCGGAAGCUCCCGCCGUUGCCGGACCCGCUCCCGCGCGCGGAGCACUCGAAAGCGGACGCGGACGCGCUGAUCGAGGCGCGGCGGAGGGAAGCGGCGGAGAGUCGGCGGCGCGCGAAGGCGGCGGCGGCGGCGGCGAAAGCGAAGGGCGCGAAGAAGGAGGCGGGGCCCGGAGAGGACGACGACGGCGCGACGACGACGACGAACGGCGCGGACGGCGACGACGCGUUCGCGUGGAACGAAGGGACGUCGGGGGGGUUCGGGAGCGACGGCGCCGGCGGAGAUAGCGGCGACGGGGACGACGACGGCGACGACGGCGGCGGCGGCGACGCGCCGUGGAAGUCGCCCAACGGGAAGAAGGGCGGCCGGUCGAAGUUCGUCCCGGGGGGCGCGUCCCCGAUCGGGUCGCGGUCGACGCGCCUGUGCAUGUAGACCGACCGCGCGCGGACGACGUUCUAUGUAUUGUGAGUGAGCGUACUGUAGUGUAUUCAUCAUUCACGUCGUCGGUACUGUAACACGCGACCCGGCGUCGUCGAAUUUCGUCGAAGAGAAGACCUACGAUCGUCAUC